AUGGGCAGUUGCCAGCCCCGACAACUGGGCCCCGUGAACAAGAUGCAGGGCCGCCGCGCCCUCAUGCGCAAGACCAACUUGCGCUCGGCGCAGCUGAUGGGCUUCGCCGCGGACCAGAGCUACGGCAUCAACCGCGCGAAGAACCCCGAGGUGCUCUGGCCCUGGUGGCACGAGAUCAUGCGCAAGAAGGAGAACGGCGAGAUCCCGAUGGACAUGCCGGGCUACAUGCUCACCAAGUACCGCAAUGAGUCCGAGCAGCGCUGGAGCGCGGAGAAGGAGGAGAAGUUCGGGGAGUUCAUGAACGCCAUGAGCGCGGAGGAGGACCGCUCCUGGCUGCUGGGCGGCUCAGUCUCGGAGCCCGCCGCGUCGCAGGGCGCCGCGCGCCGCGCCCGCGGCGGGGCCGCGGCUGGCGCCGAGAGGGAGGAGGCGCAGGGCGCGUGGCAGCGCCUCGGCGCGGAGCUGCGGUGGCAGCGCCUGGGCGCGGACUUCCCGGAGCUGCCGCCGCCGUUCUGGCUGCCGCGCGUGCAUCGGGCCAACUCGGACAACCUCCGCAGCGGCCCCACGGGCACCUCGCGCCGCUUCAUGUGGCGCCCUCAACAGCGCGCCGCCAGGGGGGCCGCCAAGCCGGAGAGGCUCGGGCCAGAGGAGCUCCUGGAGGAGGUGGAGCUGCAGCGCUGCGAGACGGCGAGGGACCUGCGCAUGAGCAGGGAGACGUGCUGCCGGAGAGAGUUGAUGGAGAACUGCCUCGACGCCGGGAGCCAGCACAUCGCCAUCACGGUGAAGGGCGGGGGCCUGAAGAUGCUGCGGAUCGAGGACGACGGCCACGGCAUCCGGGCCGCAGACAUGCCGAUCUUGUGCGAGCGCUUCACCACCUCCAAGCUGCGGAAGUACGAGGACCUCACCAGCAUCGGCACUUUCGGAUUCCGCGGGGAGGCGCUCGCGUCCAUCAGCCACGUCGCGCACGUGACCGUCACGACGAUGACGGCCGCGGACUCCGCCGCCCGCGUGGCGCAGUACACGGACGGCAAGCUCACAAGCCCCGUGCGGCCGUGCGCGGGCACCCGCGGCACCACGAUCGUCGCGGAGGACUUCUUCUACAACAACCCGACGCGGCGGCAGGCGCUGAGCAAGGACAGCAUCGAGCACAACAAGGUCCUGGAGGUCAUCCAGCGCUACUCGCUGCACUAUCCCGCCGUCUCCUUCAGCUGCCGCAAGGCCGGCGGCGCGGUGGCAGAGCUGCACACUCCGGGGCCAGGGGCUCCCGGGGAGCUGCCCUCGACGCGCGACGUGGUCAGCGUGAUCUACGGCCAGGGGCUGGGGCGGGAGCUGUUCCCGUUCGAGUUCAGCUCUGCGGAGUACAAGUUCUCCUUCAGGGGGCUGGCCACUGGGCCGAACUGGACCUCCAAGAGCGGCACCUUUGUGCUGUUCAUCAACAACAGGCUGGUGGAGUGCAGCCCACUCCGGCGCGCGAUAGAAAGCGUCUACGCUCCGGUCCUGCCCCGCCACCAGCACCCUUGGGUGUACCUGGCGCUCGAGCUGGACGCCGCGACGCUGGACGUGAACGUGCACCCGACGAAGAACGAGGUCCAGUUCCUGAACGAGGGGCAGAUCGCGGAGAGCCUGCAGGAGGCGCUGCAGACCCAGCUGCACAAGCAGGGCGGCUCGCGGACGUUUGCCCCCAUGCCCGCCCUGAGCGGCAGCGCCCCCGCGGCUGCGGCGCCUGGUGGCGCUGGCGGCCAGCUUGGCGGAGCCGGUGGCGGCGGCGGCGGCGGCGGCCCGCUCGCGGCCACUGCCGGGGCCAGGGAACCGCCGCACGCAGCGGGGGCGCAGAAGCCUGGGCCGAAGAAGGUGGAGCUGAACCCGGUGCGCGUGCGCACGGACCACAGGCAGCGCUCGCUCGAGUCGCUGCUGCGGGCCGCGCCGGCCGCGGCGGGCGGGGAGGCCGGCGCCGGGCCGAUGGACGUGGACGCGGGGCAGGACCGCGCCGCCAUCUUCGAGGAGGCACAGAACCUCGCCUCCAUCCAGGAGCUGAGGGCCGCGGUGGCCGUGGCUGCCUCCGCGGACGGGGUCCUCUCCCAGAGGCUCAACACCUCCGUGUACGUGGGGCCAGUCGAUCACGAGCUCGUGCUACUGCAGUGCGGCUCCGCCCUGUGCCUGGUGAACCUCGUGGCCGUCGCGCGCGAGUUCGCCUACCAGCGGCUGCUGCGGCUCUUCGGCGGGCCCGGCUGCAUCAGCCUGAAGAGGCCGCUACCGCUGCAGGAGACGCUCAGGCUGGGCGUCCUCGACCCGGAGUCGGGCUACGACCCGGCCGUGCACGCCGCCGUCGACGUCGACAAGCUCGCGGCGCGCCUCGCGGGAGUCCUGGAGGCCAAGGCGGAGCUGCUCUCCGAGUACUUCAUGCUGGAGCUGUGCGACGGCUCCCUGCUCAGCGUGCCGAACGCCCUCGGGCUGACGUCCGAGGCCGGCCUCAGCUUCGAGGGUCUGCCCCUCUUCCUGCUGCGGCUGGCCGCCGAGGUGCAGUGGGUGGAGGAGAAGAGCUGCCUGAACCAGCUGUGCCGCAUGGUGGCCGACUUCUGUGUCGAGAUGCUCGCCCCCGGCAGGGAGGAGGCCGAGGCGGCGCAGGGCUGCUCCAAGGCGGACAUGGCCGCUGGCGUCAACGCCGAGAUGGAGGCGGGCGGGUUCGAGGACGUGGUGCAGGCAGCCAUGGCUGCUAAACGCAAGCGCCAGCGGACGGGCACCAACAAGCCGCUGGAACAGCUGCAGUGGCUCCACGAGGCCGUGCGGCGCGACUCGUCGUGCCAGUGGCCCGCCGCGCUCGCGAGGGACGGCACGGUGUUGGAACUCGUGGCCCUGGAGCAGCUCUAUCGCGUCUUCGAGCGCUGUUGA